AUGACGUUCCUCUCACGCUUCUCCCUGACGCUUCUUGCGCUAUGGAGCGCGCUCGCUGCAGCAUCCUCUGACUACCAUGAACAACUCUUCCUCCACCCGCUUCCCCAAUCGUCGCUGUUAGCAUCGUUCAACUUCCGCAGCAACACCUCUCAGCAAUCCUUCGACAAUCAACAUUUCAGAUACUUCCCCCGAGCGUUAGGGCAGAUUCUGCAACAUGCCCACACAAAAGAACUUCAUCUCCGCUUCACGACGGGGCGAUGGGAUGCAGAAAGCUGGGGUCCUCGGCCGUGGAACGGCAGCAAAGAAGGCGGCACUGGAGUGGAACUGUGGGCGUGGAUUGAUGCGCCGGGUGAUGAUGAGGCAUUUGCCAAAUGGAUUACUUUGACGCAAUCCCUCUCUGGCCUGUUUUGUGCCUCGCUCAAUUUCAUUGACUCGACCCGUACUACUCGGCCAGUUGUGUCAUUCGAGCCGGCCGGGGAUCAUCCGCCUACAGACGACCUGUAUCUCCUACAUGGAACCUUGCCAGGCGAGGUGGUUUGUACGGAGAAUCUGACGCCCUUUCUGAAACUCCUUCCCUGCAAAGGAAAAGCAGGAGUAUCAACCCUCUUUGACGGACACAAGCUGUUUGAUGCAGCGUGGCAAAGUAUGUCGGUGGAUGUUCGACCGGUUUGUCCUCCAGAGGGAGAGUGUGUGGUACAAAUCGAGCAGACAGUGGACAUGGUCUUGGAUAUUGAACGAUCCAAGCGACCUCGUGACAAUCCAAUUCCUCGCCCUGUUCCUAAUGACCAGUUGGUCUGUGAUACUUCCAAGCCGUACAACUCAGAUGACACCUGCUACCCCCUCGAAACGACGACAGAAAAGGGAUGGAGUCUUAGUGAGGUCUUUGGGCGGACGCUGAACGGUGUCUGUCCCCUCACAGAUUCGAAAGAUCCCCACGAAUCAACCGUUUGCCUUCGAGUCCCGCACGACCGGGGUGUGUUUACCUCAGAAGGGACCUUGGAAACAAAACAGGCGGAUGGCUUUACUCGCUGCUUCACGCUGAAAGCAUCAGAGCCGUUUGACCUGGUUAUACCCGAGCAGCCUGUCACCAGUCAGGUUCCGCUUGAGGAACCCAUUCUGAAUGCCGAACGAACUAUUGUCGGCCACGGCGCAGAGCGGGGUGGCAUGCGCAUCAUAUUCGGCAAUCCGUCUGACGCCAGCGACGUGGACUUCAUUUUCUUUGAAACCCUCCCUUGGUUUCUGCGGCCGUAUAUCCACACCCUGCAGGCUACAAUUACCGGCCGUGAUGGGGUGCGGCGAGAGAUUCCCGUGUCGGAAAUUGUUAAAGAGACUUUUUACCGUCCGGCCAUUGACCGCGAGCGUGGAACACAACUUGAGCUGGUGAUGACCGUUCCUGCCGCCUCAAUUGUCACCCUCACCUACGACUUCGAGAAGGCCAUUCUUCGAUACACAGAGUACCCUCCUGAUGCCAACCGCGGAUUCAACGUUGCACCUGCAGUAAUUCGGAUUCUGGAUACGGCGCAAAAUGCCCCCGUCUUCAUUCGCUCCACCAGUCUUCUCCUGCCGCUACCAACCCCGGAUUUCAGCAUGCCGUACAACGUGAUUAUUCUUACCAGCACGGUUAUUGCGCUUGGCUUCGGCACUAUUUUCAACAUCUUGGUUCGCCGCGUCGUCUCCGCCGACGAAGCAGCUGCUUUGGGUGCCCAGACCCUCAAGGCACGGAUUCUAGGGAAGGUGGUGGCCAUACGUGAUAAACUUCGUGGCAAAGGUACCAAGGUGGAGUGA